AUGGAACCUAGAAAUACAGAAUCUAGAAUCAUGGAAGAAAACUCUGAGGGAGUUAUUAAAAAUUGUGAAAUAAGUAUGGCUAAUAUUAAAGACCAACUUAUGGGAUUUAAUUUGAAUAAGUUGAAAAACUUGAGUAAGGACCUAAAGGUCAGAAAUGUUGGUAAAACAAAGAAAGAAAUUGUUGAUAAAAUUUUGGUUUCAAUUAUUUCAAAAGAAGAUGAAGAAAUGUUAAAAAGGUAUAUAUGUGAAGAUAAUAUACCAUUAACAGAGUCAUAUACUGAAGAUUCAGAAGUAGACAGUCUCCAGCAACGCAUUCGUGAACUAGAACAAAAAGUUUUGGAAUUAUCAGUUGAGAAAAAGGUUGAGAAGAAAGAUGAAAAUAGGGCUUUAUUAGAAAUGAUAAAAGAAUCACAGUUUACUAUACUUACUAUGAUGAAAAUGUUACAAGGAAAACCAGAAAAUUCUAACAUGAGGAAAUGUGAAGUUCCUUUAAUUAUAUUCUCAAACACUGAAGAAAAUAUAUCAUCACAUAUUAUGGCAAUAGAACGCCAUAUGGAAUUCAGAAACAUUUAUACAGAUAAGGAUAAAGUUUUAUUUUUAAUGAUGACAUUGUCACCUCCAAUUGCUGCGGAAAUUGAUAAAGUUUUGGGAUCCAAUUAUACAUAUGAGAUUCUUAAAAAUUAUUUAUUAAUUACAUAUAAUGGCAUGGCAGCUCAGGUGAAAAAUAGAAGUGAAAUUAUGUAUUUUAAAUUAAAUUUUGGAAAAGAUUUGGGAGAUCAAUUAGUAAAUUUUGUCCAGAAAAUAAAUGUUGCUUAUAAAGGAUUACCAGAAGAUGAAUUAUUACAAACGCAGUUGAGAUAUAUUAGAAAUCUAAUAACAGAUAAAAAUUCAAAACUUUUUUAUUUUUUGUUGACAGCGAAACCAACAAAUAUAUAUGAAUUUAUAAGAGAAAUGCAGGCUGUACAUGAAUUAGAUAUGAGUUUUAAAUCAAACUCUAAAGUUAUGAAUAAGAAAAAGGAUUCUUAUAAAGAUAAAGUUUGUCAUAAUUGCAAUAAGAAAGGACAUAUUGCUCGUUUUUGUAAAGCUGAAAAAGUUAAAGAAAAGGCUUCAUCUUCAAAUGCUACAAAGAAAGUUUCAGUAAUAAAUGAAGAUCAAGAAAAUUAUGAGGAAGUGGUAAAUCAUUAUAUUAUUAAGGAUGAGGAGGAUGAAGAAACACUUCAGAAGGGAGUGGUGUAUCAAGUUAAAGAAAGAAAACCCAAGUUAGAGCCUAAGAAGUAUCAACAUAUAAUUUUGCAAAUAAAUGAUAAAAUUGGUAAAGGAUUUGUUGAUAGUGGUUCAGGAAUUACAUUUGUGGCGAAUAGAAUGAUUCCUAAAGAAAAGGUCUGUGAAGUGAAUCCAUUAAAAGUUAGAAUGGCUAAUGGAUCAGUUAUGAUAUUGAAUAAAGAAAGCAAUGUUUUGCUUAACUUCUUAAAUGGAGAAGAACUUAAAACAAAAGUUUUUGUUAUACCAGAUGAAAUUAUGAAAUAUGAAGAUAUUCUCAUAGGGGAGGAUGUUAUGAUGCAAUGUGGUUUAUCAAUAUCAUAUGAUGGUGAAAAAUUGGUUAGUAUUAAUAACAAAAAAUGUAUUUCUUAUGGCAAUGAUGAUAUAAAAGAAACUAUUGUUAAAAAGGUUAAGGUUACUAAUGAUUGUGAAGAUAUUAAAACAAAAGUUUUUAAAGAAUACAAAGAUUUGAUUCCUAAGUCUAAGUAUGAUGUAGGAAAAGGAAUUUUAGAAUGUGCCAACAUAGAAAUUUUGGAUAAGAAAGAUGAUUUUAAACCACCUUCUUAUGGACUACCUUUGGCUUAUAAACAACGUAUUUAUAAGGAAUUUAAAGAAAUGGAAGCUAAUGGAAUUGUGGAAGAAAGACUUGCUAAAUUUAUUCAUCCUUUAGUAGUUAUUCCGAAAAAAGAUGGGGAAUUGAGAAUUUGUGGAGAUUUUAGAUAUAUAAACCAUUAUACCAAGUCAAUGUUUUUACCAGCAAAUAAGCCUUAUGAAUAUGUAUAUGGGAUGAGCGGUUAUAAAUGGUAUAGCAAAAUAGAUUUGAAAAACGCAUAUUUUCAAGUUAGAUAUCCAAAAGAAACUAUACCAUAUAUGGGAGUAAAAGUUUAUGAUAAAGUUUACUGUUUUAAAAGAAUGGCACAAGGAGGAAAGGUCUCUCCAAUUCAAUUUCAAUGUUUAGCAACAAAAAUAAUUAGUGAUCUGGGAGAAGGAUAUUUUGUAUAUAUUGAUGAUUUUGCAGUAUGUUCAAAUUCAACUUUGGAUGAUCAUAUCAAUAAAGUGAAAUUAUUGUUAAAUAAAUUAAGAGAAUAUGAUAUGAAAGUAAAUUUUGAAAAGUCCAGUAUUGGUGGAACAGAAAUUGAAUUUAUUGGAUAUAAUAUUUCUAAAAAGGGAGCAAAAAUAGCUACUAAAAAUAUAAAUGCUUUUAUGGAAAGAAAAGAACCAAGUACCAAGAAAGAAUUGGUAUCCUUUUUACAAUCAGCCAAUUAUUUUAGAGGAAACAUUCCUAGAUAUGCAAAUAUUACUUUACCUCUUCAGAAAAUGGUAAAUUCUUUAAGAUUUAAGUCUUCAAAAAUUGAGAAAAAUCUUGAAUAUGUAAAAGCUAUAGAAUUGACUAAAAAGGCAAUGAUGAACCCUCAAUAUUUGGUGAAAGCAUUACCAGAUGAUGUACUUUAUUUGGAAACUGACUGUAGCCAAGAAGCAGCAGGAGGGGUAAUAUAUAGAAAAAAUAAAGAUAAAGAAAAAGAAGUAAUCAUGUUCUAUAGUAAGAAAUUAAAGUCAUGUAAGAAAGAUAGAUGUAUCACAUAUUUGGAAUUAUAUGCCAUAAAUUUGGGAGUAAGAAAAUUUAAAGAAAUUCUAAUUGGACAUAAAGUAAUUAUCAAGACUGAUCAUAAACCUUUAAAAGGUUUAAUGAAUACAAAGGAAACAAAAUUCUUAGAACUUAUUAUGCCAUUACAAGAAUUGGAUUAUGAAAUUCACUAUAUACAAGGAAAAGAAAAUACUUGUGCAGAUUACUUUAGUAGAAUUUAUAAAAUUUCUGAAAAUAAGGAGAGAGUAGAAAAUAAAAAUAAUUUUCUAAGUGAAACUACUGAAAGUAUGGCAAAGAAUUUAUUUGAAGAAUAUCAUUUGAAAAAAGGGCAUUUAUCAAUUGCAAAAAUUAAGGAUGACUUGAUUAAAGAAUGUUAUAAAUUGAUGAUCUCAAAAUAUAAGGCUGUAAUGAUUAUAAAUAAAAUAAUGGAUAUGAUAAAGAAUUGUGAAACAUGUCAAUUGGAAAAUGACUUAAAAAGAAGAAAAAGGGAUAAAGCAAAUCCUCAAAAUGUUUUGGAAAUAUUAUAUAUGGAUUUUAUGUAUUUAGAAAAUCACACAAUAUUGGUAGCUGAAGACGGAUACUCGCGUUAUAUAUGGGCAGAAGAAAGUCCACAGGCAGAUGAACAAGUAGUUAUACAAUUACUAAAUAAAAUAUUGGACCAAUGCCAAAUAAAAAUAAAAGAAAUAAGGGCAGAUAAAGCCAAAGUAUUUAAAGGAAAAGAAUUUUUGGUAUUUUUGAAGAAAAAUGAUAUUAAAAUAAAUUAUGCUGUAUCCUAUGAACAUUAUGCAAAUUCCAAAGUGGAAAGGGCCAUAAGAACUCUUAGACUUGUGUUAAAGAAGAUGGAACCUGAGAUAACACAUAGAGGAAGAGCAGGUUUCAAAAACAAAUUAAAAGAAGCUUGCAGAAUAAUGAACACGUCAGUUCAUGGAGCUACUAAAGUUAAGCCUUUCAAUUUAAUAUACAAUUAUGGAGAGCAAGAUGGGCAAGUAUUAGAAAAUGUUUCUGAUGAAAGAAUAAAAGCACUAAUUAAUAAUGCCAUAAAUGAAUCACCAGAGAAAAGAAUUGUGUAUAGAAAACUUAAGAAUAAUAAAGGUGGAAAUGAAUUAGCGACUAUAAAGGAAGUGGAUAAUGUAACUGAUGUAAUGGUAAAGCCUAUGAAUGAAAAGGAUUCAAGAAAGACUAUAUCUUUAAGUGGUUAUAAGAAUAGACUUUAUUCUCAGGAAAAAGGGAGAAGUUAG